AUUAAUGAAUUCUCCAAGAGCAGAGACCCUUGAUCAAGAAUUGAGUGAAGCUAUUAAUAAAAUAUACAAUGGUUGCUAGAAAAUCAAUGCAAAACAUCUGAAGAUUAGAAUAUUGUAAUGGUUGGAUAAAGUGAGAACUCCAACACAUAAUUUUAUUUGGAAAUAGAAUUCUUUGCUAUAUGCACGCGUUCUUCUGGAAAUGACUCUAGAACAACAAUUAGAUAAGCCAUUUAGAGGUGUCCCACCGGAUGGUCCAUUACCUCGAUUGGACAAAUUUGAUGUCGUAUAUGAUCAAUCUUAUUCCAAAAGCCGUAACAUAUAUGGUAGAAAAUCAAAUAAAUAAAUAUCCAAUAGCCUAUGUCCCCUAGAAAACCAUUAGGGAUGCUAACCAAUAGGAAUUUCACUCCGAAAUUGAAAACUGAGCCAACCCAAUUCAAAUCAAAUAAAUUUCAUAAUAGCCAAAAGUCCCAAAAGUGGGAUCAAAUCAAAGAAACAUUGGAAGGAGCCAAUAGAAACAUGCGGGAGUUCAAACAAUUCUUGGAAAACAUACAAACUGAAAAACUAUUUGUGUGA